AUGGUGUUCAUCUUGGGAGUCAGCUUCCACGAGGGGCAGCUGGUCAAGAAAGCCCUCGAAUCCUUCUACGCUCUCGGCCCGACAACCUCUGCCCGCAUCAUGGCCAAAUACUCGAUUCACCAGCUUGCCAAAAUAGGCUCAUUAGCGCCGAGAACAGUCACUUCCCUUACAGCGGAACUAUCGCAAAUGUCCAUUGAGACAGACGCAAGAAGACAAGUGCAGGAAAACAUCAGAAGAUUGAAAGAUAUCGGAUCCUACCGAGGCAGGCGGCAUGCCAUGGGCCUGCCAGUCCGCGGCCAGCGAACGAGAACACAGACGGCAACCGCCAACAAGCUCAACAGAGUAGAUCGCAGGGCUUAA